GACGCAAGCAGAAGGCUAAGCUUGGACACCGUUCUACAGCAGUAUUUAAGUCGAAUGAUCGUGUCGUUCCUUCGAUCAAAUCCAUUUCAUAAUAGCGUUGUUGGCAGUCUCGAAACAGUAGUUAAAUAGUAUAUUAUUCUGUUUUACAAUGGAACACAAUCGGUUGGGACAUUGUGGAUUUUUAUUUUUAUUGUUUGGACUGCAUUUCGUUCAUGGCGACCUGAGCUAUUCGGUUCAAGAGGAAAUGAAGCAGGGAUCUGUUAUCGGGAAUAUCGCCAAGGAUCUGGGACUUACAUUGGACGUAAUAUCUACUAGGAAGGCUCGUAUUGAAUCAGAGGAAAACGAACGGAGGUAUUGUGAUGUCAGUCUUCGAAGCGGAGAGCUCAUUGUUUCAGAGAGAAUCGACAGAGAGGAACAAUGCGGAGAAAAGCCGUCAUGUGUUCUUAAAUUCGAGCUGCUUUUGGAAUCUCCUUUGGAAUUACACCGUGUAUCACUACAGAUAAAAGACAUAAACGACAAUGCACCGAUUUUCCCAACAGACAGAAUAAAGCUGGAAAUCAGUGAAUCUGCUGUCAAAGGAGCUCGGUAUCGCGUCGAUGCGGCCCAUGAUGAAGAUAUAGGCCAAAACGGUGUUCAGAGUUACACUCUCAACCGGAAUGACCACUUUGUUUUCAAUAUACAAACGUCAAAUGACGGUACUAAAUAUGGAGAAUUAGUUUUAGACAAGGAAUUAGAUCGAGAGGAGCAGAAGGAAAUCAAAUUAUUACUUUCGGCUCUAGAUGGUGGUUCUCCUCAGAGAUCAGGCACUGUAGCAAUUUACGUCACUGUGUUGGACGCUAAUGACAACGCCCCAGUGUUUAGUCAGGCAGUGUAUGAGGCCAGCCUUGCUGAAAACAUACCGAUAAAAACUCCUGUAAUCACCGUAAGCGCUUCUGACGCAGACGAGGGUGUUAAUGGGGAAGUUACGUACGGACUAGGACGGGUGUCUGACAAGUCACGAAAACUGUUUUCCCUUGAUCGACAGACUGGAGAGAUUUUUGUUGCAGGUGAUAUAGACUUUGAGGAGGGAUCAAAAUAUGAGAUUAUUGUUCAAGCAAAAGAUGGAUUUGGCAUUUCUUCAGACGCUAAAGUAAUUGUAAGAAUUACCGAUAUUAAUGAUAAUGCCCCAGUCAUUGCUUUGAAAUCGUUAUCCAAUCCUGUGCGAGAAAAUGCAUCACCUGGUACGGAGGUGGGCCUUAUUAACGUGCAGGAUCGAGAUUCAGAGAAAAACCGAAAGGUUAGGUGUUCUCUUCAGCAACAUGUUCCUUUUAAACUUAUUCCGUCAAUUAAAAACUAUUAUUCUUUGGUAACAACAAAGGAACUAGACAGGGAACUGGUGUCUGAAUACAACAUUACAAUUACUGCUAUCGACGAGGGCUCUCCUCCUCUGUCGUCAGUUAAAGUUGUUCACAUCUCAAUAGCUGACGUCAACGACAACCCACCUGUGUUUGAGGAGCAGUCGUAUAGCAGCUAUGUCCCUGAGAACAACAAACCAGGCCACAGCCUGUGUUCUAUUAAGGCCCAUGACCCAGACUGGAGACAAAACGGUACAGUGAUCUAUUCUCUUUUACCUGCUGAAGUCAACGGUGCUCCAGUCUCCUCUUAUCUAUCUGUUAACGGAGACACCGGAGUGAUCCAAAGUGUCAGGUCGUUUGAUUAUGAACAGUUUCGGAGCUUUAAAGUGCAUGUAAUGGCACGAGACAACGGUUCUCCUCCGCUCAGCAGCAACGUGACUGUGAGUGUCUUCAUAACGGAUGUAAAUGACAACACUCCUCAGAUACUUUACCCUGCCCCAGAGGGAAACUCCUUCAUGACUGAACUGGUACCCAAAGCUGCACAAGGAGGUUCUCUGGUUUCCAAGGUGAUAGCAGUUGAUGGGGACUCUGGACAGAACGCCUGGCUGUCCUAUCAGAUCAUUAAGUCCACUGAUCCUGGAAUUUUCAAAAUCGAUCUGCACAGUGGGGAGAUCAGGACCCAGCGAGACAUUUCUGAUUCUGACAACAUGAAACAGAACAUUGUAGUCGCUGUAAAGGAUAACGGACAACCCUCCCUCUCUGCUACAUGUUCCAUGUUUUUACUGAUUUCUGAUAACUUGGCUGAAGUACCAGAACUGAAGGACAUGGCUUAUGAAGAUAGCAGUUCUAAAUUAACAUCUUAUCUGAUCAUCGCGCUGGUAUCCGUCUCCACCUUUUUCCUGACUUUCAUUAUUAUCAUUCUGGGAUUGAGGUUUUGUCGGAGGAGAAAGCCCAAACUGUUAUUUGAUGGAGCGGUUGCUAUUCCCAGCUCUUAUCUCCCUCCAAACUACGCAGAUGUGGACGGCACUGGAACUUUACGCAGCAAAUAUAAUUAUGAUGCGUAUUUAACCACUGGAUCUAGAACAAGUGACUUUAAAUUUGUCACAUCUUACAAUGACAACACACUGCCUGCAGACCAGACCCUGAGAAAAAAUGCAACAGACUUUGAAGAAGUGUUUGGAGAUCUUGAUGUUUCCCCUGAGGUAGGCAUAAUCCAGAGUUUCUUCCUUAUAUUUUCAUAGAUCCAACACAAAAAAUGUUCUUUGUAAUUAUUCAUUGUUCUACACUUGCUCAUUGAUAAGCAUUUGCAAAACGGAGACAAAGUGUGAAAU